AUUUCUCGUUGUUUGACGAUGAAGAAAGCACUGAAACCGACUCACAACAGCCAUCACAUCAACCAAAAAACACUCAUUCAACAACGUCGUCAUCAACAAAAUCGGAUCGUAAAUCGACGAGUACAAUUUUCAAACGAGCGUCAUUUGCAAAUCUGUCACGUUAUUUCGACAAAGCUGUGAAAUACGUCGAAAGUGGUGAUGAAGAUUGGUCGCUGUUAUUGAGACCAAUACCAGCGCCGAGAUUCAUGCGUCGUGAUAGCAGCAGCAGCAGAAGCACGCCACAUGAUUGCAACAGCAGCAAUAGUAAAGUGUCGUCGUCACCUCAUCAUCGAUGCUCACAGCAUUUUUUGAAUCGCCGACUGGCGUUAACACAAUUGAGUAGAAAGGGUAAUUAUGCGAUGGGAAAAUUAUCUGAUGCGUUCCUUUACAAACUGAAGCAUCCAACAACUCAUGAACCGUCAUGCGCAAGCCAGUCACUUUACAGUCGGUCGUCGACUACUUCUUUGGAUCAAGAGCCUGUUGGCCGGAUGACUGACGAGCAAGUCAACGAUGCGUUUCGAAAAAUUGCUCGUAAAUUGCAGAAACAAAUGAAUAUAAAAGGUGAAAAACUGGAAGCGCUCGUGGCCGAUCGUGACAUUGCUAAGAAGAGACAAAUGGUCGCGCAAUCACAACGACUCAAUAUGCCCGGUUGUGAUUCUUCGAAAUCGCCCAAUGAUUUUGUGAAUCGAAUGGAACGAGCGCUUCAAGCCGGUGAAGGACACAUGAGUAUGCUGAAGGAUUUACUUAAAGAUCUCAAAGUUCAUUUAAGCGUGCAAAAAGUUAAUUACAUUAAAGAGUUCGGUGAUAAAGGCGGUAUCCAGUUGCUGUUUCGGAUAAUGGAAAAUUUGAUGAGUAUGCUGAGGCAAACAGAUUGCCCAGAACGGGAUGAAGAGGGCGCGAUAUUGCUGUACGAUAGUAUGAAGUGCCUUAAAUCGAUUGUUAACACUUGGCCGGGCAUGUAUUUGUGUUUUAAACGGGAUUCGAAAAUGUUCAAAUGUUUGGUCGGUGCCUUAUCUGUGGCUGCCUGUAAGCCAACGUUGGACUGUUGGUAUUCGCUGAGAUUUGAAACGCUCAAUUUAUUAACAGUUGUUGCUUUUAUUAACGAUGAUCAGUUUGAAUUACAAGGACGUGAUAUAUUAUUGGAGGAGCUAUCAAAGGAGGGAAGGAAUAUGAAAUGUGAACGAUUCUGGUGUAUUGUUAGUUGUUUGAAAAAGACAAAUCGAUUGGAUGUUGUGAAGAAAGCGUUAAUGUUAGUGAAUAUAAUCUUGGAUGUUCGAGAUCCAGAUGAUGUGUCAACUGAUGAGGGUAAGGCGGCCGCUGAAGAAGCCUGGCAAAUGCGAAUGCACUGGAGAAGCGAAUUCAUGCGAGCUGGAAUGUACCAGUGCGUUGAUGUAAGAUGGCGAUUGAUAUUCCGUAUUCGCUCAUUUAAGAGUAUCCAUUUGAGCUCUACAUUCCUCGAACAUUGUACAGCCGAAUCAAUCAAAGCUCAAUACGAUACGUUCUGUCAUAACAAAGAAGCAGAUUUUGCGGAACUCGUUGAAAGAUUUGAACAAAUACCCAACUACUUCCGUCUGAUUGAAAACUGUAUAUCGGAAAUCGUUCUGCCGAAAACAUGCGUUGAUCCGGACUUUCGAGGGAAAUUUGAGUUCACACAGGACGUUUGCCAAAUAGUCGGUUAG